AAUGUAUUCAGGGAAUAUAAAUGGUAUUUUUGCAACCUAAAUAUACGGUCACACUGGAUGCGGUACAACAAUUUAAUAAUAUUCAAUUUGUCCGAUAUGAGAGUAAAAAAAGUUGAUUUUCAAAAGAAAUACACAAAACUGAAAAGUCGAGUGAAGAAUUUCGUGUUUGAAAACGCAUCGAUUGUUGAUGAAGUUUGCGCCUUACAAGUGGAACUGGCGGCAGCUCGCUCCGAGAGACUGACCCUAAUUGAGAGACUCAUGUUCCAUGAGGGACUCGAUAAAAGUUCCAUCACACAAGAUCAACUAUUGAAUGAGAAUCGUGAUAAUACAAAGAAAUACGUCGCCUCAACUCCGAAUCAUGCAUUUGAGAAAAAGAAUGAAAGUAAAUCGAAUAAUAUACCGGCACUGCAACAGAAGAGUUUUCCCUUGAAACUAACCAACGUUCUCAUACACUCCAUUGGCGAGAUUAUACCCACAAAUCCCAAUUUUCACACAGCACAUUGGAUAUAUCCCGUGGGGUAUGUGGCAACAAGGAUAUAUGCACAUCCCAGAGACCCAGUGAAGAAGUGUGUAUUCACGUGCAAGAUCCUUAACAAUGCUGGACUUCCUCAAUUUCAAUUGAUUCCCGACAAUGAUUUGGAUGGUGUCUUUUUCGGAGAAACGGCCAACAUAUGCCACCAGGAGCUGCUCAACUGUAUUCAGAGCUCCUCGAAGCAGAAACCUGUUCACGUCAAGUUUAAAGCGAAGGGCGAAGUAUUUUUCGGACUGGCAAACCAAAAGGUGCAAUCGCUUCUUCUUGCAGACACGAGAAUUAAACAAUGUACGAAAUUUAAAGGAUAUUUAUUGGAAAAUAAUAAGGAAAUUCUUGAGAAUGACGAUCCAACAUUAUCUUAUACGAGCCUUCAAACUUACCUUAACCAAUGACGUUCUUGUUCGAAAUAAUCUAUAUGUUUUGCCCUUAUAGACUCAUUAUAUAGAGGGUUAUAUUGCGGAAAGCAUCGGAUUAUUUCAAUUAAGUGAAACGUUCUUGACACAGGUAACGUUAGCAUCAGGCAGCAGUCACAGCUCUUAAUUAACAAAAAAUAAAUAAAAAUAAUUAAAAAUUGGUUUUGAGAAGUUAAAUGUUAUUGCUAUUUUUCUUGCCUUCCACAGUUUUAUUAAUUUUUAUUUUGACAUGAUAUGCAUGCAUUUUUAGUAACGGACAAUUACAAUUUGGCCAAAGCCACGCAAGUUGAAAAAAUGUAUGCAACCAUUGGUUUAUUUCUCAAUAAUAAAUACUUUUUAAGG